AUUGAAUAUUUCCUUAUUGGGCUUUGAACUCUAAUGGAAUUUUCCUCUUCAUGCAGGGAAACUUUCAAAUCCCUUAAUUCCUUCAAACAUGGCAGAAAAAUUUCCAUAACCAACGCCGCGCAGCAACACGCUAACGACGAGAACCAGCCCAUUUUGUUUGAUCACAGCCGCGAAUCCACGUCCGAUACCCCCGCCGACCCGCACCACCACCCCCACCCCAUGGCAGGACAGUCCGAAUUCAUUGUCAAAAUCGACGGCGGCGACAACGAUAAACCCGCCCCCGCCGCCGCCGCCGCCACCACCAAAAGGAACGUCUGCCGCGAAUCGAGCCUCGAUUUCUGGAGAGACGACGGGAACAAGUCCAUGCAACAACAAUCGCAGUUCGAAUUUCAGGAGGAUCCCCCGUCGAAGCUAAUAGGGCAAUUUCUGAACAAACAGAAGGCUUCCGGCGGAGAUUUGUGCCUCGACGUCGAUUUGGAGAUGGACGAAUUCCGCCCCGAUGACAACAAUUUCCCCCCUUACGACGACCGUAACAACAACUAUCAAAGUUUCCCAAACUCCAGGGAGCUGAAAUUUUCAUCAGAAAACCCCAGUUCCAGCGUUAGCAAUGUGGUCGACAUCGGCCCCGACGAACAGAGGAAGAGCUGGCAGAACAACGGCUCCUCCUCCGACGAGGACGACAAUCAAAGAGUUCACAACAGGAGGCGAUCCAUGAAUAUGGGAGCUAAUUUGGAAACGAACAACAGCGGUAUUGGCAAUGACGGCCAGGUAUUGAGAUGUACCUCAAUUCAAAGAAGGUUUAGUGGUUUAGGCAGGAUGAAAACCAGGUCUAGGCUGAUGGACCCACCGGAGGUACCGGAUAGAAGAUCGGGAAUGAUUAAGUCCACACGAAUGCAGUCGGGAAUGUUAGGGAGAGCUUCCGGAAUGUUAUCAAAGCCGCCAGACGAAGAGGAGGACGACCCCUUGUUCGCCGAGGAUCUACCCGACGAGUACACCAAGGCCAAAUUUGAUGCACUGACUAUUGCACAAUGGAUUAGUCUUAUCUUAAUUGUGACAGCUUUGGUGACCACUCUGUCAAUUUCGAAAUGGAAGAGAAAAAAAAUGAGGGGGCUGAGUUUGUGGAAGUGGGAAGUGCUGGUUCUUGUUUUGAUCUGUGGGAGAUUGGUUUCCGGUUGGGCGAUAAGGAUAGUUGUGUUCUUUAUCGAGAGGAACUUCUUUAUGAGGAAAAGGGUGUUGUACUUUGUUUACGGUGUACGAAAGGCGGUUCAAAACUGUAUUUGGUUGGGUCUUGUUUUGAUUGCUUGGCACUCUAUGUUCGAUAAGGAGGUCGAAGGUGACAACAAGUUUCUACGGUAUGUGAACAAGUUAAUGGUGUGUAUGUUGGUGGGAACAUUGCUUUGGUUAGUGAAAACACUUAUGGUGAAAGUUCUUGCUUCUUCAUUCCACGUCAGCACUUUCUUCGACCGUAUUCAAGAAUCUUUAUUCAACCAGUACGUGAUCGAGACACUAUCGGGGGCACCAUUGAUUGAGAUGAGGCACCAUCAAGAGGAAGAAGAUAGGACAAUGGCUGAGAUUUGGAGGCUUCAGAAUGCGGGGGCCACUUUGCCGCCUGAUCUGAGGGCUCCAAAUUUUCAACCGACAAAGAGUGGGAGAGUGGGUGGCAAUGUUGUGGGUGGGGGGGGAUUGCCCCCGAAACCACCAAAAGGGGUGAGCUUCAAAUUUCCUGAUCAGGCUACUAAAAGCGAAGAUGAUCAGGGGAUAUCGAUUGAUCAGUUGCAUAAAUUAAAUAAUAAGAAUGUAUCUGCUUGGAAUAUGAAGAGAUUGAUGAAAGUUGUCAAGAAAGGGGUUUUGACCACUUUGGAUGAACGAGCGCUGGAUAGCUCGGAAGGUGAUGAGACUGCUACACAGAUCAGGAGUGAGCAUGAGGCAUUGUGUGCAGCUAGGAAAAUUUUCAGAAAUGUGGCUAAGCCUAGGGCCAAGUUCAUCUACCUCGAGGAUCUGAUGCGCUUCUUGCAACAAGAUGAGGCUGAGAAAACAUUGAACAUCGUUGAAGGGUCUACUGAAAGCGACAAAAUCAGCAAAGCAACCCUAAAAAAUUGGGUGGUCAACGCCUUCAUAGAACGAAGAGCUCUAGCCUUGACGCUGAACGACACAAAGACAGCUGUCGACAAACUUCAUCAGAUGGUAAACAUCAUAGUUGGCAUCAUCAUAUUGGUCAUUUGCCUAGUCAUUCUUGAAAUUGCAACCAGCAAGUUUCUGCUCUACAUCAGCUCCCAGAUUGUGGUUGUGGCAUUUAUAUUCGGAAACACCUGCAAAACAAUAUUCGAAGCCAUCAUAUUCGUAUUCGUGAUGCACCCUUUUGAUGUCGGGGAUCGAUGCGAAGUUGAUGGAGUCCAGAUGGUUGUGGAAGAAAUGAACAUAUUGACAACUGUCUUUCUGAGAUUCGACAAUCAGAAGAUACUCUACCCGAACGUAACUCUCGCCACAAAGCCUAUAAGUAACUACUAUCGCAGUCCAGAUAUGGGCGAUUCAAUUGAUUUCUCAGUACACAUUGCCACACCAGCUGAAAAGAUUGCCUUGAUGAAGCAAAGAAUAAUAAGUAUCAUCGAAAACAAGAGCGAGCAUUGGUACCCCGCACCAUCGGUAGUGCUAAUGAAUUUGGAGAAUCUGCACAUGCUGAAAAUGUCGGUGUGGAUGAGGCACCGAAUGAAUCAUCAGAACAUGGGAGAGAAGUGGAAAAGGAGAGAAGUGUUGGUUGAAGAGUUGGUCAAGAUAUUUAAAGAGCUCGAUAUCGAGUACCGUCUCUACCCCAUUGAUAUUAACAUUAGAGCAAUGCCGCCUUUGAACUCUACCCGAACCCCUUCUACUUGGGCUCCCCCUCCUUCUACCUAACUGAAUCAUUUUCAUUCAUUCUUUUUUAUUUAUUUAUUUAUUCAUUCAUUGCUUAAUAGAACAGAGUUGGAUCAUAAUUCAUAACUGAGUUCAUUUUUUCGAGUAGAAUAACGUAGAACGGCGAAAUGUAGAUGUUUUUUGAUUGCAUCUCUUCUUCUCUGCUGUGCAGAGUUGGUUUUUUCUGAGUAGUUAUUAUAUUUUAACAUUCUUUUUUAGAGGAUUUGAAUUGAAUAAUUUGUAGAUGCAGUUCUCUUCUUACUUGCACUCUUGGAGACAUUU